AUGGCCCUGAGCAACAUUCUUACUCUUGGGCCGUUUAAACACCGCAAAGAUCUUAUGCGAGAAACAGUUCUACUGAAGUUCACUGUGUUGGGCUAUAUUGCUGCAGGAACUUACGGUAAAGUAUACAAGGCAAAGAUGAAGGAUUCCAAGAAAGAUAAUUUAACUCGUGGAACACUUGGAGAUAAUAAUUCUGGGAUUGGGGUUGGAGUUAACGGCUCCAACUCAGUUGGAUCUGGGCUUGGAGGCGGCUCUGGGUCUACACUUGGGAGUAGUGCAAUAAGUGGUGGAGGAGGAAUAGAUGUGUUUUCUAAGCUGGUUGGAGAUAGAAAUGCUUCAAUGAGUAAUUCUGGACCAGCAGGAGCCACAAUACAUACCGGCACCAAUAGAGUUGAAAAUGAAGGAACAAAGGAAGAAGCAGACGAUGAUGAUAAGCAACCAGAUAAUAAAUACUUUGCCAUUAAAAAGUUUAAAACUGAUAACCAUACUACACUGAAAAACUAUGGCCAUGAUAUCAAUGGUAACGAGAUUGUUCACUAUACGGGGAUUUCCCAGAGUGCAAUUCGAGAAAUGUCAUUAUGUCGAGAAUUAAACUACAAGAAUAUAAUUAAAGUGAUUGAUAUUGCAUUAGAGAAUAAAUCAAUUUAUAUGAUUUUUGAGUUUUGUGAACAUGAUCUUCUUCAAAUUAUUCAUUUCCAUUCACAUCCUGAUAAUGGUAAAAUCCCUGAAUUUACCAUCAAAUCACUUAUAUGGCAAAUCCUCAAUGGUGUUACGUAUUUGCAUAAGAAUUGGAUCAUUCAUCGUGAUUUAAAGCCAGCCAAUAUUAUGGUUUCGUCCAACGGUGUGGUUAAGAUUGGAGAUUUGGGACUUGCUAGGAAAUUCAAUAACCCACUACAAACGUUGUAUACUGGGGACAAGGUGGUGGUUACUAUUUGGUAUAGAGCACCUGAAUUAUUACUUGGAACCCGUCACUACACACCCCUGAUAGAUUUAUGGGCUAUUGGAUGCAUUUUAGCUGAACUUUUAAGUUUACGUCCUAUAUUCAAAGGAGAAGAAGCCAAAAUGGAUCUAAAUAAUAAAAAGGCUAUCCCAUUCCAAAAAAAUCAGUUAAUAAAAAUAUUGGAAAUCUUGGGAACUCCAACUACUGCUCAAUGGCCAGCAUUAACCAAAUAUCUUGAGUAUCCAACAUUUCAACUGCAAAUUCCUCAAUCUUAUCAACCACAACUUGGAAACUGGUAUAAACUGAUAGGCCAGCAAAAUAAACAAUGUUUUAAUCUUUUAUCAAGAUUAUUAGACUAUGACCCUAUACAGAGACUAACAGCAGAUAAUUCCUUAUUGCAUCCAUACUUUAUGGAAUUGCCUAAAGUCUCCGAAAACGCUUUUGAAGGUAUAACGUUCCGCUACCCUAGAAGGCGUAUUUAUCCUGAUGAUAACGAUAUUGCUUCUUCAGCUCAACAACAGAGCUACAAAAGACACGGGUUUGAUGCUAAUGCUAGUGCUCGUAAACGUCAUAGAUAA